AUGGCGGACACCAUGUGUGCUAAAGCUCCCAGCUAUGACACAGCCGAUACCCUUACUAAGCUGUAUUUUCUCUUCGCAAGGUUCUGGAGCAUGCUGAAUGAGCGGAUACAAUCAUCUACACACCAUGUGCUGGCAAGCAGUUCCAAUAGGCAUCUGCCACCCAGCGCCACGAGGAAGAGAGCGUCAGCAAUCCCUGCAAGAGCCAGGACCAAACGGAGGAAGAAGACCUACCCCAUGACAAGAAAGCAUCCAAACAUGCCUCAGGCCUGGGCCCAAAGGCUCUACACCCAGGACUAUGCACAACAACAAGAAAUCAACCACAGCUUUCAGUACCUCAAGGCUUAA